UGUAAACAAAGUCAGCUGUUUGUGUUAUCAGUAAAAAGUGCCGGUAUCGUGUUUUUUACAGUUUAUCGUCGGUUUUCGGGAAUUUUCUUUCUCAAUAGGUUAAAAGUGUAGUUUUUUUAAACGAAAUUUGGUGUGCUUUUAUUUGUCAAUCAACACUGGUGCCAAAACACUCUUGAACACUUUCCAAAGGUGCUGUUGUGAACCGAUAUAAUGUUGCGUUUUGCUAGAAAAUUGGCUUCGACCAGCAAAACUCCGUCCGUGCGCCGCUUGUCGCAACUGCCAAGAAUAAGCAACGCCUUGGUCGACGUGAAACCGGACGUCCGGGAUGCUCUCCAGGGGCAAAAGUCGGUCCCGCAACCGGUGGUGGCGCUCGAGUCCACCAUCAUUACCCACGGAAUGCCCUAUCCGCACAAUCUGGAAACGGCCCUGGAGGUGGAACGGAUUGUUCGGCAGGAGGGUGCAAUUCCGGCCACGAUUGCCAUAAUAGAUGGUCGUAUCAAGGUGGGUUUAAGUCCGGAUGAGUUAGCACGGCUGGCCAAGAUCGACUCCGGCAAGCAGACCAUCAAAACUUCUCGUCGCGAUAUGGCCUAUGUUUUGAGCCAAGGGCUGGACGGAGGAACUACGGUAGCUGGAACGCUGAUGGUGGCCGGAAUGGUUGGCAUUCGGGUAUUUGCUACUGGUGGAAUCGGUGGAGUCCAUCGAGGCGUUCAGGACACCAUGGAUGUUUCGGCCGAUCUAGUGGAACUCGGCCGAUCACCGGUGGCUGUCAUCUCAUCCGGGAUUAAAUCAAUUCUGGACAUUCCUAGAACGUUGGAGUAUUUGGAAACUCAAGGCGUUUGUGUCGCUUCUUACCAAUGUCCGACAUUGGACUUCCCAGCAUUUUACACUCGAUCAAGCGGUUGUAAGGCUGCUUACAAUCUAGCAAGCGCUAGGGAUGCCGCCCGGAUGAUCAGCGUUAGUCAAUCGUUGGGAUUGGGUUCUGGAUUUGUAAUUGGAGUUCCGAUUCCGGAACCGUUUGCCUUGGAUCGCAAAUUGAUGGAUGAUGUUAUUAGCCAAGCACUAGCCGAAGCUGACCGUCAGGGUGUUCGUGGGAAGGAAGUCACUCCGUUUAUCCUUUCGGCAGUUUCGCAACUUACUCGGGGGAAAAGUUUGGAAUCUAAUAUGGCUCUGAUCAAGAACAAUGCUCGGGUGGCAGCUGAAAUUGCCGUUGAAUUGUGCAGGGUUGAGGGUUCUAGUGUUAACAGUGAAAGUGUGAAUGAAGGACGAAGUGAAAGUGUGACAAACAGUACCAUUCAACGUGUUCCGGUCGUCAUCGGUGGUUCAGUCGUUGAUACGUGUAUCAUGGUCAAGGACGCUGAUCUAAAGGUACGACACAUAAAUGGAAAAGGAUCAAUUUGAACCUCAUAAUUGGUGAGUUCUGAAAAUUGAUCUCAAAUUGGUCGGAAGAUCUUAAACGAUUCCAUUCCCAACGAGUGAUCACAAUCCCUCAAACAAUAGGAAAGGUCUCAAAAUGUAAUUUCCCAAUUUAAACUCAGAUUAGCUUUAACAUCAUGCUAAUUGAGCUGUACC